AUGGAGUCCCUAGUCAACGCGAUCACGUCGCUGCCCCCCGACGCGGUAGAUCGUGAGAGGCUGCUCGAGUGCCUGGGCAACGCCGAGAGGAAUCGGAGGGGCGGUCGGAUGCGCGAGGCGGCCAAGUGGGUCAUGCAAGUGGGCGCGACGCUGCACAAGAAGGGCGGACCCGCGAUGCCGUUGGCCGAGCGCGUGUUCCAGCACGCGGUGCACCUCGCCAAGCAGCUCGACGGCGAGGGCCCGACGUCCGACCUUCGCCCCGACCUGCGCGACGCACUCAUGGUGGAGCAGGAGGGAAACAAUCCGGAGCUCGCGGACGCGUACACCUGGCUCGGAGCCACCGAGGCGGCGCUGGGCAAGACCACGGAGGCGGAAACCCACUACAAGGCCGCCGCGAGGGCCAUCGAGGAACGCGGGGUCGUGGACCUCGGCGAUAAGCUCCUGCACCAGUGCAUCUUCUUCCGCAACCGCGACAAUCGCGAAAAGUACGAGGCGACCAUCCGCCGCUGGGAAACCGCCAUCCGCGACGCGCACAAGGACGGAACCGACGGGGACGUCGCCUUGCUGACCAGCACCAUCGGAUGCCUCCUCGAGAAGGCCAUCGGCAUCGCGAAAGACCCGAACGACGGCCUCAGGCGGUCCGCGCGGCUUCGCGGUGGGCCCAUCGCCAGGUGCGCCAUGAGGCUCGAGGCGCACCCGCUGCGACCCAAAAACCAAUCGCCCUCCGUCGGCGACGUGUACGAGCUCACCGCGCAGACGUACGACAAGAUCGGCGACAGGAAGCUGUGCAUCGCGUACCUGGGCAGGUGCGCGGGAGCCACCGCGUGCUCGCUCGGAUUCGCGGGCCUGACGCCGCUGGGCGAACAACUGCGCGACGAUCGAGGCGACGAGGGAGUCGGGUUCACCCCCGACCUCCUCGACUUUGGCAAGAAGAAGAAGGAUCCGCCGUCGGGCGCGAACGAUGCGGCGAGUGCGGGGGGUAAGAAGGGGAACAAGAAGACGGACGCCGGGGACGAGAUCGACGCCAUCGUGGACGCGAUCGAGGGGAAGGACGGCUCGUCGAAGGGGGCGAACGGGGGUACGGCGGAAAAAGGGGCGCCGAAGAAGGGCGGCGCGGACAUCUACGACGACGACGAUCGAAAGGACAUCGACGAGGCGGAGGCGGACGACGAGGGGAUGCCCAAGCGCGAGGCUGCGGCGCUGCAGGUGCUGUUCUCCAUCGGCGACGGUUGGAAGAUGCGCGGCGGUGUGCCGGGACGGGAGGAGAUCAUGGAGGGCGCCGAGGCUGUGGGGACGAAGCUGUACAUCCUCGGCCAGCAGCUCUUCGCGGCGGAGGCGUGGCGGGAGAGUCAGCGGCCGCUGCGCACGGCCGCGGCGCUGAUCAUGCACAUGCCGUAUCAACAGGGUGCCGCGUGCCACUACCUCGCGUGCUCGUACUUUCACGAGAACAUGCGGGAUAAGGGCGGAAAGGACGAGCGGCUUCGAGCCUACUCCGCCGGCGCCUUCCAGGCGGCGGCUGCGGCGAGGUUGAGCCUCGGGCCCGACGAGCCCAAGGCUGUGAAGGAGGCUGUUGGCUCGUUGCUGUUCCUCGGGAGGGUGCUGACGGACAUGAACAACUGGCGCGACGCGGAGCGGAUCCACGUCCAGGCGCUCGAGAUCGCGAGGCAGGCGUUGGGCGACGAGGCGCAGGAGACGAAGAACUGCCUGCAGGCGAUGAUGAACCUCCGCGGGAAGAUGAGGCAGGUCAAGGAGGCGCUGGACAACAACAAGUGA